AUGGAUGCGCGCACAGAGCGUGCCGCUGCGCUGCGAGAAAAGACGCAGGCGCAGCAUGCGGCAUUCCGGCGCGCGAUAAAGAAAUCAAGUGACGACAAGGGUAAUUUUUAUUGUGGGCCGUUAGCAAAACAGGUACGCAUUGCGCGUGCGAAUGUCCGCGCCGCGUACAUGACACUUUUGUUCGCUUGCCCCUACGAUGCAGAAGCAAAGCAUAUUGACAAGCGGCUGUGGACAGACACGACGUACAAGAUAAUUGUUGCGCUCCGUGCAAGUUUUUUGCGCUCGGAUAAACGCACAGACUCUACGAACACUGCUAUAAGCGCCACAAGUGGGAAAAAGAACGAGCGCAGCCAGGGCGAGUACCGCAGAUUUUUGCGCGAAGAACGUACUUUUUGGGAGUCAUUUGCAGUGAAAAUUGUGCACAUAUUUAGCUUGGAUGAGGCGUAUGGCGCUCUCCAGAAAUUGGGCCUUCUUGGCACAGAUGCAGCGCGCGAGGCGCAACUGGCCGAGGCGUGCGAUGCUGGCGUCGACGCGAUGUACGAGCCAAUUGCACGGAAGCGCGAUGCAGAGAAUUGGGAACACCGCCAGCAUUUGUUUACGGUUUUGCAACGAGUGCUUACGUACUGCGGCGACUUGUACAGGUACACAGAGAUGGUCUCGCAUACGGGGAAGCGCGGCUAUCAUCAAAAAACAAAGCCCAUCAUGCACGACGCGAUUCGAUUUUACCACGAGGCGCACUUGCUGCUUCCAGAUCACGGACACCCGUCCAAUCAGCUUGCAAUCGUUGCCACAUCGCUCGGCGACGCAUUCGGCGCCGUAUACCAAUCAUACUGUGCGACCUGCGUGCCGCACCCAUCCUCCAAUGCACAACAUAAUUUAUCUUUGACGCUCACUGCUUACGCCGCGUCGUGGGAACAUUGUCCCAUGCGGCACGAAGUGCAGGAUGCCUGGCGUCAAGCGUCGCUAGUGCAUACCGCUGCGGAGCGACUGUGUAUGCCAGUACUAGGAGAGAAAUUGGAGCGUCCUGCUGCAUGGUUCGAAAGUCUAUUGCAUUUUCAUGCGCUGACUGCACGGCAUACUCACCUUGAUGAGGCUGCUGUGCUGGGCGAAGUGCUGCUUCGUAACGUGCUGUCCUUGCGCGGGAAGAAUUCGCUGCGCGCCGUAGAUUAUUUGCGUGUGUUUGUCGCUGCUGUCGCUGCCCUGGUGCGUAUUCGAAGCACUGGCACUUUGACAGCGCAAGCAGAUGGCAUGGCACAGCAUGGAUCGGAGCUGGUGCUUGUAUCGCACAUCCUUGGCCUACUCACUGCACUGCUUGCCGUCGCGCGCGAGGAGAUUGGGGAGAGCAAGCCCGGGUGCAAGCCAGGCACAGGGCCAACGUUACAGCGUACGCUUCCUACCCUUCGCCUAGGCGCCAAGUGGGUGUACAAGCACGCAGACUACUUGCAAGCUCUUGCACACCGCGCCGCGACGAUGGCGAAUGCUACUGGAGUAGAACAUAACGUGCUUCGGAUGGCGUGCAUUGCCGAACUAUACCAGAGCAAGACUAUCACGUUUUAUGCAUCCUAUGCAGACUACUUAAAUCAGCUUAAGAGGACGUUUGUCGGACUUCCGGUGCUGCCUCACGAAAAGCAGGCAGGCAAGGCAUUGGUCGCGGAAGACGCAGAGUUGAUGGCUUUGCUUCCGUUUGCGGGCGUCUUGUUUCACCCAGCGCCGCAUUCUUUGGCGCUUGCGACGGAACCGCCCCUUUUUCACAAGCACUGUUGCGAUAUGGCACGCAUCGCCGAUGCAUUGCAAGAUGCACUCUCCCUUGCGAGUGUACCGUCGAGUGGCGUGACGUUUGAUACAGAGCAGCAACUAUUUGUAUCGGUGGCACAAUCCGUACAGCUAGAGGUACAUGAAGAUCCUGUAUCGCUUGCAUUGCGCGUCAUGGACCGCGAGCGCGACGCGUACGAUUCAUCCGACUUGCUGCGCACGCUGCCGAGAGCUGAGCAUGUUCCACCGACCGCAUCACCUUGGCACGGGGUUUUAGAGAGUGCGCCAGAAUCGCUGUGCAGCACGCCGCUUGCAAAAUCGUCGAUUUGGGCGACGCAUACGACCUCGCCCUUCGGCUGGAAUGCACUGUAA